UCCCUAUCUCACUUUCAUCCAAAUUUGCAUCGACAUGGCCUGUCGCUAAUUCUCGGACAACCUGUUACUCAAACCAUCAUGAGGCAGGGAAAUAUCGAUGCACCUGGGGUGGUAGCAGCCAUUCGGCGCUUCUGGCAACGGUCAUAUGCGUCUGACUAUGUUGGAUUUGCCCUACUCUUGACAGGAUAUGCUUUGGCGCAAGUCUUUUUCGAACCAGUCCAUCAACUGUUCCGCCUAGACAACCGAGCGAAACAGUAUCCCCACGCUCUCGUCGAACGGGUUUCUCCCGGAGAAAACAUCUUGCUUGCUGGAGUUGGUCCGCUGGUCCUUCUCGUUAUCUGGGCCGUUGUCAUGCGCCCAGGACUCCAUCAUGCCCACGUUACAAUCCUCGGACUUCUCAUUAGUCUCUUCUUAACCGCACUGCUGACGGAUAUCAUCAAGAACGCCAUCGGCCGGCCACGUCCAGAUCUGAUUGCUCGCUGUAAGCCAGAGGCUGGAACACCUGAGCAUGAGCUUGUCACAGUUGCGGUGUGCACCGAAACCAAUCCGCAUACUCUCCACGACGGGUGGCGGAGUUUUCCAAGCGGCCACAGCAGCUGGGCGUUCGCAGGACUUGGAUACUUGGCUUUGUUCCUGGCGGGCCAGCUGCAUGUCUUUCGACCGCAUGCAGAUCUCGCCAGAAUUCUGGUUUUUCUGGCUCCGUUGACUGGGGCUGCACUGGUCGCAAUGUCGCGAUUGGCCGAUUACAGACACGAUAUCUAUGAUGUUACUUGCGGCAGUCUCCUGGGCAUAGCAGUGGCCUAUCUUACAUAUCGGCGAUACUUUCGUCCUUUGCGACAUCCCAAAUGUGACGAGCCCUAUCCGAACAGAGCAGAUUAUGCCAUGGCAAGAGCGGCAAGAGCAGCCAAAGCUAGUCCCAGAGAUUUGGAACAGCAAUUGGCCGACGAGUUUUCGUUGAGUGACCAGUCUGAGGAUGAGUCCCAAGCAUAUCUUUUGACAGAGUCCACACCUGGUAGGACAAGGGACCAUGCUGGUACGGCGGAGCCACCAUAGUAUGGUGCUUGUGAAGAAUUACAUAUUGUCAUCUGCAGCUAAUCCAAAUUGCU